AUGCAGGGUCGAGCUGAUGGAGAUGGGGGGAGGGCAAAGGGCAACGCCAAGAAACGCGACCUGGACGACGCGCUCAAGGUUGGUCUUGGCACGCGAGACUCUGACGCGAAGCGAAGGCACACAGCCGGUGGACCAGGUCACCAACACGACGAGAGCACGCCUAACAGUUCCAGCUUCCACUCUGAUGGGCGAGAUGUCAAGAGAAACGGCACAUCGAAUUCCUUCAAGUCCCAACGCGAUACACUUCCGUUCUCAUCGCGCCCGUUCGGCUUGCCUGCACAACAGGCACACCGUUCCCUGAGACCGCCCAACAGUGGUGACUCAGCGCCUAAGGCUUCAAGGGCUUCAGGGGCUUCACAGGGUACCCGGGGUGCCAAACCAGGCCUGCUAGGUGGUCUCUUCAGCGGCUUUGGUCACUACAAGUCGAAGCAAAACCCCGUGCCUAAUGGACCACCAACCUCGUCAAGCACGUGGUCGGACGCGUCCUCCGUUCCCGCCGGCUCGACUGAGGCCUUGAACGCCGAGAUAUGGAAUGAAAUACCUCGGACACCUUGGCACUCCUUGAGGUAUGGGCACAAGCCUGCGGACCGGGCAGCUGGAGGGGAGGGCAAGCCACAGAGCUAUGACAGGCCCGCCCAGGGAGCCCGAUCCCGCAACGCCGACCACGCCGUCACUGGCUCGCAACGCCGGCAGUCUGAUACGCAAGACAAUACACUACCUGCUUCUCGACUCAAGGGGAAAAGAAGAGCUCAGUACGAUGACAAUCUAAGCUACGAUGUUUUGUACCUCGAGGACGAUGACGAGGACAGCGAUGAGAAGGACGACGAGCACGCCACUGCUUUCCCCAAAACCCGGCAAGGCAGCGCUCGUCUUGGAGCUCGCGGCAGCAGUGGCAGUCUCUUGAAGGGUAAUCCCGAUGCUGGCUCAAACGGCGAGCGCAAACCCCGACAGCUUUCCUACGACAAGACACCGUCUGGAUCUGGGCUGCGUCUUCAUAGCUCGUCAUCUUCUGUGGAUGCUGAGCAGGACAGUACCUCCACGAAUCCCUCCGAUCUUGACCGCGCCAUGGCCGAAUCCAAAGUCUGGGCUUACGUAGCUCCGUUCGUACCGCAGAAUUGGACUACAUCUUUUACUGACCGCCUGGAGACGAGCGCAUUCAUCCAGGCCAUCUCCUUGCCACUCAGGAACAAGAUGGAUAUGGAAUGGCUCUCCGGAACAAAGAAGUCCCAUCAAAGAGCAUACCGUGCCCUGAUGAGUGUCAUCUUCCAGGCCAUCGGAGUUGAGGCUCGCUGUAAGCCAUGCGAGUCAAAGAUCCUGGAAAGACGGCGCAACUGUAAGGUCCUGCCCCCAGAAGCUGAGGGGAUGCGGGAGCUCCAGGAGGUCUGCGGGUCGCAGUGCGUGAACUGCUACUUUUUUCACGCGACGAAGCCUUGCGAAUUCCCGCCAUCGUCAACCACGACCAAGCAGACCCCAAUCCCUGUUCCAACCCCACCGGUCACGCGUCCCAUGCCAAUUGUUGAGCGCGCUUUGGAUCCGCCUUCUGUCGUUCGUCCUCUCCCAGCAGCCAUACGCCCACAUGCUCCUACGUACUCGUCGUACAAGGCCACGAAAGCGGAGAAACCCAUUUCAGAGAGCCCUGUUCCGAUCCCAUUGUUUGCAAUCCGAGGUCCAAACCGUCAAGGCCAGUCGACACAAAUGUCGAAUGUGUCUUCAGAGAUAUCACCCUCGGGAGUUUUACUCAAGGUUCGUCGGUCGAAUAGGGUCUCCAAGACAGACAAUCAGUCCGGUGAUAGCAGCAUUUUCAAGGGCAGUGGCAACACGGGCGAAGCGGAAUCACAUUCAGCCGUAUCGAACGCCGGGUCUUCGGAAGCUGCAUCGGCCUCUGGCGGAUUGGCGUCUGGUAGACCUAGCACCAAGGAGUCGACGGCAACCGCUUCGAAUGCGUCUGCCGAUGAGAUCUCCAGCUCACAGCUGGCAGGGAGAGCAUUCAGCUUGUUUGGCGACAUGAGCCGGCUCCCUGUUGAGGAGCAGGCUGUAUUGUGGAACCAGAUGCAGCAGAUGGCCGGGAUUCUGCAGACGGGCACAGUGACGAGGAUCUCCAUAACCAAAAGCACACCCCCAAACCUACCUCCCGGUCCCCGGGUGGCGGCUGCGGAGUGGGAGAUCGCCCCCGGCAGGCUCAUCGUUGACGACAAGCACCUAGCGUUCUCCACGUCCUUCCUCAGCCGUGAGAUCGUCAGCCUAAAGGCUGCGCAACAACUCAGCCCGACUCAGAGUGUCCUGAACAAGGGCAUCGCGGCUCUCAACCAGCUUAGCGUGGGCCAGGAAGAGGGCUGGGACUGCACGUGCUCGGUGAUCAGAGGUGUGCUCAAGAUGAUGGUCGGAGACUUGGAGGCGACGAUCGGGCAGGGUGGCGUGAUUGUCAUCGAGAAGGAGUGCAUCAUCACGAACAUAUCUCACAAGGAGGCGAGAAUCCAAGUGUGGUGGAGGAAGGCGGAUGGCUGA